CAAAAGAAGGACUCUUGAUGGGAACUUAAGGGUUAAAAGCUGGUUGCUGUGGGAAUACCAUCGUCCAUCUCUGUCUUUUGCUUGGACAACCUGUGAAUUCCCUUGAACCCAAAAAGCCCCAGAAACCCCCAGAAUAAGAGAAUUGGAAUUAAAAAAGGGAGAGAACGACAGGAGAAGCACAGUGGUUCUUGUAGAAGUGUAUUUCUAAAAAGGUCUGAGUGCUUUGAGCUCACCCAACUACCUCAGGACACUGCAGAGAGCAGGAGAGAGAGGGGGAGAGAGGGAGAGAGAAAGUGAGCAAGAGAGACAGCACACUCUCUCUUUUGCUGCUACAACGGAUCCUUUCCACAACGACGCUGCUGUUAACGUCACGCCUGUAAGCCGCGCUUGCCCGGCGCUUGCCUCCUCUGGCUUGCUUCGUUCCCCAGUUAGAUUCUGCAUUGGCAAGGGGGUGCUAAUAACCACCAGAAAAGGAGGAGUGGGAAAAUAAAGACAACUGGAAGAGAGAAGAAAAGAACUGGAGAGGGGGGAAAAAAACUGUACCAUCCAUUUUCCUUUUAACACACCUCAAUCAGCCGAGCUUCGAUACCCCCACUUCUCUGGGUACCCCCUGCCACCCCCCACCCCAUUAUCCUUCUGAAGAAUUUGACGGAUCAUUGGGAAGUGCACGGGACGCAGGCGGCAGCCACAGCUGUGUGUGCUCGCUACUGCUGCUGUGUGCUUCGCAGGGAUGGUGUGUUCGUUUGCAACUGCUGCUGUCGCAACAGCGGCUGUGGAAGCUGGAACGUGUGGCUAGUUAAGAGGACUAAGAAGCUAAUGAAGGCAGUGUGCAUCGCCUAGCCUUUUCAACCACUGCCAAGUGUUCUGCGGGAAGGAAAAAUUGCCAUCAAGAGGAUACAAGACUAUUUGAAAAAAGGAUUGUAUUAGAGGCAAGAACGGUUAUAAAGACUGAACUGACCAACUGAUUGACUCCUAAAAAGUGGACAAAAAGGAAUAUACCGAGUGGAGAAUGUCUGCUUUUAUUUUUUUUUCUAUGGCUUCCUUUUAAUUGCCAAACAAAAGGCAGAAAACAGGACUACGAGAUUCUUUCAUUCACCUUAAUUUACUGUUUCUGUUUUUAUCUUAUUUUCACCUCUGGCAGAAAAAAAUAACACGUGUGUUCCAGUGGUUGCCUGUACUAUGGAGACUUGGGGAAGGUGUACAGCAGGGGAAUCAACUGUCGGAUUCCAAGGACAAGCGAGAGAAGAGGAGCCGACAGCAAGAAGCAAGCAAGGGAGCAACGCAGCUUUGGGAGCUUGACUGGAUUCUUUAUUACGGUGUUUUUACUUUUUUUUCCUCAUCAGUUCACAAAGGGAGAGAGAGAAAAAAAACACUCACAAAAAGGCCUUUGAACCUUUUCUCUUUGGAUGUAUGGAUUUACAAAAAGGGCUCAUCUUGGUUAAGCUCUUUGGCACUGACACCUAUUUUGACAGGGCAAAUAAAGGUUUCACUUAUUGCUCUCGGAUAUAAAUACAUCUGCUGAGAAAACUACAGCUGUAUCUGAUUUCAAAAAGGAGGGAAGCUAUAUAUCUCAGUUGAAGGACCUGUAAUAUUAACUUGAGGUAGGUGUCUAGUGUUUCAACCCCUCUUGCAUCAAUCUGUAACACCCUUUUCUCCCCUCUGUAUUGUAAUACUAUUUUUGAUUGCCUAAUUUACCAAGAUGUCGUUCUCAUACACAUGUUUCAAAAAACCCAGCCCUUCCUCCCCCAACCUGUCCUCCUCUCCCUGACAAUUUAUGGAAACAUAAGAACUACAUAAUUGAGGACGAGUACGUCCUCCUCCCUUAUCCUACAGUUUCCCUAUUACUUUUUUUUUCUUUUUUAACUGUGAUCCAACCAUUAAUAUUACCAUCCAUAGAGCUACUAUUCUUGUCCUAUAACCCACCAACCACCUGUCCCAAACAUCCCCAUCCUCCCCCCCAGAUGAUGCUGAAUUAUGAAUGUGCCACAUCAUGAGUCUCCUGGGGCGGGUAGCUGUGCAACGUGCCAGGAAAGCCGCCCUGCUCUGUGUAGUCUUCCUGAUGGCGCAAGCGUGGAGCAGCGCCUCCCUGGCCUUGGCGGGGGCGGCAGUCUCUUUAGGACCCCAGGGCUGUCCACCCCAGUGUUCCUGCAGUAAUCAGCAGGGAAAAGUGGUGUGCACCCGGCGGGGCCUGACGCGUGUGCCCCCUGGAAUUCCUGCCAACACGCGACACCUCAAUCUAAUGGAAAACGCCAUUGAGGCGGUGCAGGCCGACUCGUUUCGCCACCUGCACCACCUUGAGGUGCUCCAGCUAGGGCGAAAUGCCAUACGCCAGAUUGAGGUGGGCGCAUUUAAUGGACUAACCAGCCUCAACACAUUGGAGCUGUUUGACAACAGGUUGACGGUGGUGCCAAGUGGGGCCUUUGAGUACCUUUCGAAACUAAGAGAACUAUGGCUGAGAAACAACCCAAUUGAGAGCAUUCCCUCCUACGCCUUCAACCGGGUACCCUCUCUGAUGCGGCUGGACCUGGGGGAGUUAAGGAAACUGGAGUACAUCUCAGAAGGAGCUUUUGAGGGGCUACAAAACCUAAAGUACCUGAACCUGGGAAUGUGCAACAUAAGGGGAGAUAUGCCAAACCUAAGUCCCCUGAAGGGCUUGGAGGAACUUGAGAUUUCAGAAAAUCUGUUUCCAGUGAUAAAACCAGGUUCCUUCAGAGGUCUACGCUCCCUAAAAAAGUUAUGGGUUAUGAAUUCACAAAUCACUGUAAUAGAGCGCAAUGCUUUUGAUGGUCUAUCUUCAUUGGCGGAACUCAACCUUGCCCAUAAUAACCUGAGUGCUGUGCCACAUGAUUUAUUCUCCCCACUCAAGUAUCUGGUGGAACUUCACCUGCACCAUAAUCCUUGGAACUGCGGCUGUGAGGCAGUAUGGUUAGCCCAGUGGCUAAGAGAGUAUAUCCCAACAAACUCAACUUGCUGUGGACGAUGUCAUUCACCGGCUAUCAUGAGAGGACGACAGCUUGUUGAUGUGGACAGAGGGGAAGGUGCUGCAAUCCAGUGUUCUGCACCAUUCAUUGCUGAUGCACCACGAGACAUAAACAUUUCAGCAGGAAGAGUUGCCGAACUUCGUUGCAAAACAGCCCUAAUGUCUUCAGUGCGUUGGCUUCUACCUAAUGGGACUAUUCUUACACAUGCUUCUGGUCACCCAAGAAUAUCAAUCCUUAAUGAUGGUACCCUUAAUUUCUCUAAUGUCCUUGCAUCAGACACUGGCACUUAUACCUGUAUGGUCUCUAAUGCAGCUGGGAACUCCAAUGCAUCAGCAUACCUCAAUGUGAGUGCAGCAGAGCUAAACACAUCCAACUUGAGUUACUUUACAACAGUGACUGUGGAAGUUCUUGGUCCAACCACUGAGAUGCCCAAACCCAAAACUACUACAACUACAGGGGCUGUGGGUGCUGGAGUUGCUGGGGGAGGAGCAGGUCUCGGGACGACAACUACAACCGCCUCCCCUUCAGUUUUUCAGCCAGUCUUCAUCUCUACACCAACAGUCCUGUUGCAAAAUACUGACAGUGCAGCAAAUGCAGUGAAGCCAUCUGUGUUACCAGGAGUCAGAGGUGCCACUGGCAAACCAGGCAGAUCUGGUCCUAGCCUGGAUGAAGUAAUGAAGACAACUAAGAUAAUAAUAGGUUGCUUUGUCGCUGUGACACUGCUGGCUGCAGUCAUGCUUAUUGCCUUUUAUAAACUAAGAAAGCGCCACCAGCAGAGAAGCACAGUGGCAGCAGCUCGUACAGUUGAGAUCAUCCAGGUGGAUGAGGAGGACCUUCCACCACCAGCAUCUGCAGCUCAAGAGUCAUCCCUCACAUUACCUGAAAUCCGAGAUCACAACAGCAUACACAAGUUGGACUUUAUCAGCCACAAGACUGAUUACAGCUUCCGUAAACCCAAGGCUGAAUAUAAACCCCAGCCGGAUUUUACUCUACACACUCCUAAGGCUGAAUAUACAACCUACAAGCCAAACAUGGACUUCAGCAGCCACAAAACCAUUGCAGAUUACAACAUGCACAAAUCGACACCAGAUUUCAGCCUACACAGAACAAAGCCAGACUGCAGCCCAUUUAGACAGGACUACACCCCUCACAAAACUAAAUCAGAAUAUAGCCCAUUUAAACCUGAUUUUGGCACUCACCCAAAGGUUAAGACAGACUACAGUCCAUUCAAAGCAGAUUACAGCACUCAUCCCAGGCAGAGAUCCGACUUCAGUCCUUUUAAACGAGACUACAGCACCCAACCAAAACCCAAACAUGACUACAGUCCAUUAAAAUCCGAUUAUAACACCCAAAAUAAAUCUCAAGUGGAAUACAGUCCAUUCAAGCAUGACUUUGGUACCCACCCAAGGACCAAAGCUGAUUACAGUCCAUUCAAACCUGACUACAGCACUCAGCCUAAACCCAAAAUGGACUACAAUUCCCAGAGAUCAAAAACAGAUAUUACCUACAAAACCAAGGAACAUUAUAACCCCCACAGUACUGCACCAGAAUACAGCGCCUUUAAGACCGAUUUCAGCCCCCACAAAGUGGAUUACAGCGCCUUCAAGUCUGACUUUAGUCCACACAAUCAAAGACCUCAACUUGAUUAUAGUCCUCAUAAAAUGGACUACAGCCCUCAUAAGGUGGACUACAGCACUCUAAAGCCCAAGUACAACACUUAUAAACCAUCUGGCCAAGGGGCUAAAUGGACAGACAAUAAUGUUGGGAACUCUUUGCCUCGAACCCUACCCAGCGCCAUCACAGCAAUGGCUGAGCCCUAUGUCAUAAAAACUCACACAAAAGAGAAGGUACAGGAGACUCAAAUCUAAAAGAACAUUGACCUAAAGACUUUCACUCCUUUAUGUCCCAAGAUCCCACCUCCCCGUUCCACCCUUUUUUCUUUCAUCAUUUAAGUCAUGCAAUAGAAUGCACAAAAAAAAGAACAGAACUACUUUUUGUACAGAGUGCAAACUUUAAAAGACUGACCAUUUAUUGUUGUACAUGCUUAUAAAUAAAUAUAUAUAUGGACAAACAAAGCUACCAUGGGUUGGUGAUAGAGAAACAUAUAUCAAAAAGAAAUUGAAACUAUUUUCUAACUUGUAACUUCUAUUUAAAACAAUGAGUUGUUUAAGAUGCUGUCUUAAGUUUGAAAAAUGAGGGUAGUCUUGUUUUAAAAGGGGGCAUUCUGUGUGAUUUUUACACCAUGCUAGAGAGAAAGCCGUGACAAGAAAGAUUAUUUAUACAGAAAAGACUUUCUUUAACAAAAACCAUAUAAAGGUCAGUGUUGAUCUUUACAGGUUUAUCUUGUAAAAGCACCAGAAUUUGUACUGUGCCAAAUGUUAUAAAUGCAAUAAAAAGGAUUUUUGGAAGAAAAAAAG